CCCACAGCUCAGAGUCCAGUGGCCUUAAGGCACAUGUUUUAUCUUGAGCUCUCUCUGAGAAAAAAAUAGAUGAGGAAGAACUCAUUGAAGACACUAACAGGAAAAUGACACACCUGGAUAUAAAUUGGCCUGUCACCUUGUUUGUGCUGGUACUUGCUUUUCUGGGUAUUAUGAUUGUGAGAUGGUUGCGCUGUAAAAAAAAUGUGAAACAAGCUCCAGGUGUCUCGGGUCGAGGAAAUCCCCCAAGGACAGCUUCCAGAUGCCAGGUGACAGAUCGCGCAGAGAACAAGGACACCGUGUUGCAGUCAUGUCGCAGCGAGUCCUUUACACUGCUGCGCCGAAGUGAUUCGGCGAACAGAGAAAGAAGAGGGAGCCUGCGGAGGGGCACCUGCGAGCCUCCAAGGAGACAAGAAUCUCGAGUGCGGUUUGAAUGCGUGCAGGAAGUCGUGUGUUGUGAAGCUGCGCCACCGCCACCGCCACCUUGCAAUACAGAGCCACCCCCCUGCUGCCCCCCAAAGAAACAGGAAUGUGUCCAAAUCUGUAUACCGGAACCGCCACCAUGUCUGUGUCCCAGACCCAUGAUUACACUGUGUCCACCAGAACCCCAAUGCCAGGGGGGAGGACAGCAGCAGCAGCAGCAGCAGCAAUCAGGACAGCAGCAGCAGCAGCAAUCAGGACAGCAGCAGCAGCAGCAGCAGCAGCAGAAGAAAUAGCCUGAGCAGGCAACGCCAGCACCUGUAUAUUAGACCUGUUCGUUUUCUGCUCUUCAGAAAUCUACCGUUACUAGACUUGCUCACCACUAAUUUCAUCUUCCAGAUAUCGCUCCAUAAGAACAUUUAUACACACAUCAUCCAACGCAGGAAGAC